GCGACAGGUGGGACCCGCGGGCCGGGGAGCGCUGCGAGCCGCUCUGCCGCCCUGCGGCACCCUGCGCGGGGCCGCCGCGCUGCUCUGGGUAUUGCCCCGCUGCGUCUCUAACCUGGACUCUCCCUGCACCUUCAAAGCUUCUGCAACGAUUGCAUGGUGGCAAGGUCCAAGGAGACCAUGACCACUGAUGAGGCCACCAAGAGUGAAGGGGAGGUGCAGGCAGCAGCUCUGGCUGAGCGUGGGGAGGACAUCACACCAUCCAAGGACCGAGGGGUUCUGAAGAUCAUUAAGAGACCUGGGAGUGAGGAUGAGUGUCCCAUGAUUGGAGACAAGGUUUAUGUGCACUACAAAGGGAAACUGGCCAACGGGAAGAAGUUUGACUCCAGCCGCGAUCGGAACGAGCCCUUCAUCUUCAGCCUGGGCAAGGGUCAGGUAAUCAAGGCGUGGGACAUCGGGGUGGCCACCAUGAAGAAGGGAGAGAUCUGCUACUUGCUCUGCAAACCCGAGUACGCGUACGGCUCUGCUGGCAGUGCCCCCAAAAUCCCCUCCAAUGCCACCCUCUUUUUUGAGGUCGAGCUGCUCGACUUCAAAGGCGAGGACUUGUUUGAGGAUGGAGGAAUAAUCCGGAGGAUCAAGAGGAAGGGAGAAGGUUACUCCAACCCUAAUGAAGGUGCUACCGUGGAGAUUCACCUGGAGGGAUUCUGUGGCGGCCGCAGGUUCGACUGCAAGGAUGUGAAAUUCGUCGUGGGCGAGGGGGAGGACCACGACAUCCCCAUCGGCAUUGACAAGGCCCUGGAGAAGAUGCAGAGGGGAGAGCACUGCAUCCUCUACCUCAGCCCACGGUACGGCUUUGGCGAGGCUGGGAAGCCCAAGUACGGCAUCCAGGGGAACGCGGAGCUGGUGUACGAGGUGACCCUGAAGAGCUUUGAGAAGGCCAAGGAGUCGUGGGAGAUGGACACCAAGGAGAAGCUGGAGCAGGCAGCUGUGGUCAAGGAGAAGGGCACGAUGUACUUCAAGGAAGGCAAGUACCUGCAGGCAGUGAUCCAGUACGGGAAGAUUGUGUCCUGGCUGGAAAUGGAGUAUGGCUUGUCUGAGAAGGAGUCUAAAGCCUCUGACUCCUUCCUGCUGGCUGCCUUCCUCAACCUGGCCAUGUGCUACCUGAAGCUGCGAGAGUACGCCAAGGCUGUCGAGUGCUGUGACAAGGCUCUGGGGUUGGACCAGGACAAUGAGAAGGGCUUGUACAGGAGGGGUGAAGCCAGGUUAUUGAUGAACGAGUUCGAGCUGGCCAAAUGUGACUUUCAAAAAGUGCUGGAAGUGAACCCACAGAACAAAGCAGCGAAGUGCCAGAUCUCCGUGUGCCAGAAGAAAACGAAGGAGCACAACGAGCGGGACCGGAGGAUCUACGCCAACAUGUUCACAAAGUUUGCAGAGAGGGAUGCAAAGGAAGCAGCCAGCAAAACUGGUGUGGAAAAAACAGCGGAGAAGGCGGCGUGUGGAAAAGGACCGAAAGCUCCUGGUGCUGAAGGUGAAGAGGCUGAAGGACACGUAUGAUGGAGGAGGAGGGGAUGGGAUAGCCUCCUGCCCUCGGCCCACACUGAAAAAGGUUGCUGCCAAACCUUGGGACUUGCCAGUGUUUUCUUGUAAAGCUUGUUACAGUUUGUGUGAUCGUGGAAGCCAAAAGCACCUCGCAAAGAAAAGCGACCCCGUCCCAGCGCCCUGGGGGCAGAGCAGGAGCGGCAGGACACCGUGGGACCACUGCACGUGGAACAAACACCAUUUAAACAGCAGGGAAAAGAAAAAAAAAAUUAUAAUGAUAAAUUAAAACGCUUGGCUCCUGGGAGGUUUCCAUAGACAGCUUGUUCCAGCUCCCUGGGCUUUGUGUCCACUCUCAGCACAGCACCCUCUGAGAGGAGCUGGGAUGUGGGACAUGCUCCUUGUACACUGCAGUGCUGCCUCUGGUUGUCCCAGUGCAGCCCCCGGGGCAGGGAUUGGCUUUGUCUCCUGCUGACUCCUUGCCUGUGGCCAAAGGUUGCGGGGCAGAGGCAGGAUGAGAACCCACAUGGCCUCUGCUGCAGCCCCUGGGUCUUUAAAGCACUGUUUGGGGAGGGGGGCACGCACAGAUUUUACCUUCUGAAGGAGCUGGUUCCUGUUUCUUUAGAGAGCAAAAGCCUGUCCAGCUUUGCAGGUGCUCAGCCCACAGCCUGCACCCCAUCCCUUGGCUCCCAGCUUUAAAUGGGAGUUUUAUUGCUUUUACUGGGAUCUGUAUGUGGGGAAAAUAAAAGAGCAGGUUGGCACGUG